AUGCCGUCCGUCAAGAACCCCAACGGCCCGUCCAAGAACCGGCUCGCCGCCCGCGCUUCUUCCGCCAAAAAGGUCCGCAGAAAGCGCAGCGAAUCCGCCCGGAACAAAAUUUCCAAGCAGGACGUCGCCCGCGGCGCAAGACCCGGGAUCCUGCCCACGAGCGGUCCGCGGGCGAAAGUGAGCGCCAAAAAGGCGAGGAAGCUGGAGAAGAAGAUGGGGUAUGCGCUAAAGAGGAGAAUGGAGGCCGAGGGGGAGAAGCAGAUGCUGGAUGCGCCUGAUGUGGAUGCCGAGGUUGAGAAGCAGCUGAAUGCGGAGAACGACAUGGAUAUCCAGUGA